AUGCCAUCAACCGCUUACUCAGUUUGUGGACUUUCGCUCUUCUCAAACACUUCAUUCUAUUGGGCUCUCAAUUUGGUGAUAUCUCCCGAGUCCAGGGGAUAUAAACACUUUGCCGAAAUGAAUUUGGGGUAUGACGGUGACUGGGCUGUAGCUUCCAAAUAUGUUAUAAGAGGCUAUGGAUAUACCAAACCCAAUUGGGCGUGGCAAUUUGGUGAGAAAUUCAAUCUUACAUUUAUAUAUCACGAAGCCGCAGUGAUUGGUCUCAUAUAUACCGAGACAAAUGAACUACUCUUUAAUAUGACUUACACUUAUAACACAACAAACUUGAACUUCCCCGCAGCUCCAACUUUAAGAGGAAAUGGCAUGAAGACCAAUUACUAUCUUCUUACUGCAUCGGCAGAUGUUUAUACAGACAAACCGAGACUUGCCCCACCAUUCUACAAAACUGAUUUUGCAUGUGAAUAUCCAGAAAAACAAACUGCGACUGGAUUUUUUAGAGUCGCGAAAAGUAGUUUGGACAAGAAAUUUUGGUUCUAUGACCCCAACGGAUAUCCAUUCUUUUUACUUGGCACAGAUCAUAUUAACUUUGCAGCCGGGUACGACUGGGUACUCUCUCAAAGCCCAUACAAUGAAGUUGUGAAAAGUAAAUAUAAUAAUAGUGUCACUGAAUGGUGUGAUGCACAAAUAACAAGAUUGAAGGAGUGGGGGUUUAAUGGAGUCACGAUGAAUUACCAGAGUUGCUUAAUACAUAAAGGACUAGUCCACACCACAAGACACGAGUCGACUAAUUUUGCAAAACAAGUUGAUUAUAUUGUCCCAUCGACUUCGUGGACGGGAUUUCCUAAUGUGUAUUCAGAACUGUGGGAAGACUACCUUGGGAUGCUUUUAAAGGACAUUUCGGAAACAAGGGAGGACCCUUGGAUCAUCGGCCAUUUCUUUGAUAAUGAACUGCAGUGGUGGGGAGAAAGAGAGCAACAAGGCAAUCUUAAGGGAGACUGGAAUUUAUUAAAUUCCACGUGGAUUUUAAGUAAAAAUAGCACUGCAAAAAUACAUGCUGGAGAAAUCAUACAACAGUGGAUAGAAGUCAAUGAAAGUGGAAGUACUUACAAACAGAGUUUUGAGAAGCUUUUUGGAGUGAAAAAUAUCAACUCGAUUCAAGACUUUUUGGAGAGUGAAAAGUCUGGAGAAGUGUGGAGUGAGGAUGGGAAGAGUAUUGGGAGGAAAUUUUUGAGAGACACCGCCGAACGUUAUUUUCGAACUGUAAAAUCGACGUUUCAAAAAUACGAUAAAAACCAUAUAUAUUUGUGUGCUCGAUUUCCAGGAGUAUAUCCAGACAUUUUAGAUAUCAUUAACAAGUAUUGUGAUAUUAACACUUUUAAUAAUUAUCCAUUCGUUUCACCGAUAUCUGGUGUUCCUCAAAACGUAGUUAAAUACCUUCGUAGCAUCGCCGCAUCCACUCCAGAUAUUCCAAUGAUGAUUACAGAGUGGAGCUUCCCCUCUUUAGACGCGGGGUUGCCGUGUACAAGUGGAGCUGGGACGCGUGUGGAUAAUCAGAAUGAAAAAGCAAAUUCAAUUCAAUUUUUCCAAGCACAAUUGAUGAAUUUGGAGUUCGUUGUGGGAAGCGAUUACUUCAUGUUUAUCGACCAGUCGAUUCACGGCAGUGCAGAGACCUUCCAAGAGAAUUCCAAUUAUGGACUUGUGAAUGGGAGUGACGUGCCGUAUGACACUGUGACACAGAAAAUCAGACAAAUCAACAGAGAAGUUUGUCGUCGAAGAGUUGGCAAUUAUUCUUUCAAUGACUAUAACGCCAACAAGAAAUUACUUUUUGCUGAAAAUGAAACCAAAAAUUUUAUGUUGAACAAAGAAAUUUUAAGAGGAAUUUGGCUGAAUGUUACUGAUAAUAAAAACAUCCACUUGUUCUAUCAAAAUGUUGAUUUGGGGAGGUUUGAAGUCAAUAUAAGAUACUCCUAUCAGCUCAAAAAUGACACUCAAAACACAAUUUCUAAAGGGUUUUGGACACCCACAUUUGUCAAAUUAAAUCGAGUAUUUGAGAGUACUGAUACCGUGGAGUUAUAUUAUCAGUGCACUACAUGGGAGAAUAAAACGUGCGAAUUCUGCUUUGUAAUUCCUAAAGGCGAAAUAAUAAAAAAAUCAAUGCAUAAAAAUAUGAAGCGAGCAGAGAAGAAAACGCCAUGGAUAGCUGUACGCCUCUCAAAGUAUUCUGAUGGGUAUUCUCUGUCAAAUGAAAUCCAAAAUUACAAAGUCAUUGGGACGAACGUGAUUUUAAGUCAAACGGAGUUUGGGUCGGAGUCUGUGUAUGGAGCAACGUCGGGAAAUAUCAAUUAUUGGAAAAGCGAACAAUCUCUCGUUUUAACUAAAUAUAAUACAGGAGUGGGAGCUUGGGCUUUUCCAGACUCAAUAAGAGUCUAUCGGCAGUACACUAAAACACUGAGCAUGGGUCAAACUUUUGAAAAAGAAGAAAAUAUGAAUGUGGAUGGAGUGUUCGAAGCAAAUAAAGAAAAUUUGAAAAGAGCAGGCCUCUAUGUGUUCUUUCCUUUUGAAACAAAUUGUGGAAAAGGUGAAUUCGGAUGUUUCAAUCAAAGUUUGGAUUAUGUGAUGAAUGAAAUAGCAAUACAGUACACACUCCCAAUACCUCCAGAAUUACCAUCAAUUUCUGGAACUGCAACAUAUGCUAUUUUCGUUGCAUUUAUCAUGCUUUUAACAAUAUAA